AUGGAUUUUGAAGAUACCAGAGCACGGAUAGUGCAAGCCCGCGAGUCCGGCGAAUUUACAGACUUUACUUUUGCGUGCAAUGGGAGAAAUAUCGAGGUUCACAAGAUUAUCAUUUGCAGCCAGUCUCCGGUCUUUCGUGCAGCGUGCGCUGGUCAGUUCAAGGAAGCAUUCUCUGGAACAUAUGAUUUAACUUCACAUCAGCCUGAUAUGGUACAGUUCAUGGUCGACUACCUAUAUACGGGCGACUAUUCUAUCGACAUGAACGAGACCGACGAAACCAAUACUGCAUCAAAUUCCGGGGCUCUCUCAACACAUGCGAUAAUGUAUGCUUUCGGGGAGGAAUAUGACAUCAAAGGGCUCAGAGAUCUUUCCGCUCGAAAAUACUCAUGGUCCUUGGAUGAGAGCCUGGAACUCGACGAGUUUCUCGAUUCUAUUCCGUUCGUGUAUACCUUGACGCUCGAGAGCUCAAGGGGUCUCCGAGACCCGGCAUUGGAAUUUGCAAGGAACAAGCUACGCGAUGCGGGAGGACAAUCCGAUAUCAGAGAUGCGUUUGACGAGCUACUCAUUGAGUGUCUCGAUUUCUUAAAGGAGCUCUUACACUACUGCAUUCAGGCUCCGUCCUUUGGUUACUGUCCCUGCACUGGUCCACGGGACAAAGUGCCAGUGGAGGCCGAAGGAUAUCGUUGCAAAGAAUGCGGCAAAGACGGUGCAAGCCUUGGCAGGCCUGUCUAG